AUGGUACGACGUCUAGAAAAGUGGUCUCGCAUAGAGAUGCGAGCCGUAAUUCUAUUCUUAUGGGCCAAGAAUGUGCCCGCAUCCGAAAUUCACAGACAAAUCGUUGAGGUAUACGGAGACAAAGCAAUGAAUAGACAACAGGUAGCGAAAUGGUGUCGUUCUUAUCAAGCGGGCAGGGAACAUGUGGAAAACCGCAGUAUGGAAGCGAGCGGCCUUCCAAGUUCUUCAAGGACGGAUAUCAACAUGGCACGUGUUGAAGAAACCAUCCAAAGGGAUCGACGAGUAACCGUGCGUAAGAUUGCCUCAGAGUUGGACCUGAGUUAUGUGGAGCAAUUCAUAAUGACAGCGAUGAAGCAGCUGUACACUCCGACGUUAAUUUACCCUCACCCUCGCUAA